AUGGUUUACAUUCACGGUGGAGGUUACCUUAUAGGAACAGCGAUCACUUAUCCUAGCGAUAUCUUGGCUCUCCAGGGGGUGGUGGUAGUCAUAAUCCAGUAUCGCCUAGGUCCCUUUGGUUUCUUGACGACCGGUGACUCAGCGGCGCCUGGUAACUAUGGGAUGUUGGAUCAAGUGCAAGCACUGAAAUGGGUCAAAGAAAACAUUGAGAAUUUUGGCGGGAAUCCCAGCAAAGUGACCAUAUUUGGACAGAGUGCUGGAGGAACCAGCGUGGGGCUCCAUCUUCUAUCGCCUCUAUCACGUGAUCUCUUUCAUCAAGCCAUCCUAGAGAGCGGUGUAGAUUUAAGUCCCUUUGCGAUUCAGCCAACAUCUUUUGGUCUCCGUUUCACAAAAGAGCUUGCACAAAAACUGAAUUGCAGUUCCAGUGACCAUUAUGCAAUGGUUUCUUGUAGGCGCAGCAAAACAGCGUCAGACAUCCAAAAAGCCGCAGAGUCAAUCAAAUUUGGUUUCGUUAAUUAUCUUUACUGGGCACCAGUCGUAGAUAAAAACUUUCUUCAUGAUACACCCCAGGUUUUGAGGAAAAAAGGAGAAUUCAAGCAAGUGCCGCUUAUCAUCACCUUCACAAGUAACGAGGGGGCGACUUUUCUUGGAGACAUGGUCAACAAUUCCUUAGGGCUGAUGGAGAGCGUUGACAAUGGAGUCAGUCCGACCUUGUUUAAAUCAUUUCUUACUAACUUCGCUCAAGUUCAAAACAGUAGGUAAGAUCAGUAAAAAUUAAAUAUUUGCUCAGUAGUUUCAAUGCAGCAGAACCCCGUUAACUCCAACUUCCCGCCAACUCUGACUAAAUUCAAUUUCCCUUGGAUUUCAACACGCUUUUCUGUCAUUUUUACUCGGUUAACUCCAACUCGGAAAACUCGAAUUCCCCGCUAACUCGAACUAAAACACCUUUUCGCCUCCCCUGAUAAAAAAAGUCUCUGAAAUGUACCCCGAUAACUCGAAUUCUGGUUCUUUUAACUACUUACCUAAUCUAUAAACUAACUAAUCCCAGUAGCUCUUCUUGUUGUAUGAGGGCGUGAAACACUAAAACUGACAUUAGUCACUGUUAAAGGCAAUUUCCUUUUAAUUGGGGAAACGUACAGAUCAAGUUUUAUCAUAAAAGUGCCUAAUCAUGUUACCGUGUCUGAUGAAAUAAGUAAACUUGUACUGCACCAUACACUGAAAUGAAUUUUUCAAUCGACCCCGGUAAAUCCCGGCGUGACCACUCGAACUGUUCGGUAAUCGAACUUAAUCGAACGAUUGGGUUCGAUUAAGUUCGGUAAUCGAACACAAGCGAACCACCAGAGUUCGAUUAAGUUCGAUUUUUGAACUUAAUCGAAGCAAUCGAACUUAAUCAAGCGUUCUAAACCAACACUCAAAAUAGACAAGAACAAAGCGAUAAAACAACCAAAUCAACUGAGAUCGUGAGGAAUAAAUGUUCCGGGUUUAUUGAAUUCGCGUGAUCGCUUUGUUUUACUGUAGCGCUGCUUUCACGUGGCAGACACAAACGUGGAGGAAGUCUGAACGUGCCGGUGCGUCUGGCUGCGGCGUUACAUACAAGGGACGUUGUAAAGUUAAAAAACUCUUUAAUGAAGCAUAUUAUUCACUCUGUGAUUGAGGAGGUCGAUUAAAGGAUAAAGUUGUAAUAUGGCUAUGUAGUCAAAUUGUUCCGGGUUGUUCUUGUACAUAUUAUCGCUCCAAAAAUUAAACUACACCGUACACCGAUCCGCUACAACGUAACCACUACCGUAAUAUACUCAGUCGUAGUUUAUUAUGUACCCUGUUUAGGACAGAAAGGUCAAGAACCACACCCUGUCCAGCGGCACAUUCCCUUAUAGGUCAUAUAACCUAAGCAAGUAACCUCCCGGGGUCAUAACAGGCCACCAACCAUGUUGCAUUAACAUUUAUCAAGAGAGAGUAAUAGUGACUGCUGUUUCUCUCUGGAGACCAUCCUCCGAUUAACUCAAGCGUUUAUCGGUAUCAAAUUAACUUUGGUGAAAUUCACAUAUCCCCAGGGCUAGACAGGGUGUUUCCCUCUGUGUCUCAUUAUUCCCUUUUUGCAUUUAUUUAUUCAUUUGCUUGUGUUUUAUUUGCGUGCAGUGUUUUACUUUUCCCUUCAAAAUAAAACUAGUGAGGCAAGUUCCUCGGAUUGCUUCACCCUGGGCACGGCUCUGGUCUGUGGAAUAAUUGUUAAAUAUCCGUCACUUUUUUUUAGGAAGAAGAAUGCUGAUCUUCUCGCCGAUGCCUUGGAGUUCAUGUACACCCCUUGGCCUGACAACAGUAACACAUACGCAUUAAGAAGUGGACUUGUUGAUGUUAUUGGAGAUAACCUUUUCGUUGCCCCCAGUCACAAAGUUGCUGAUGUUCACAGUCAGGUCGCUCCUGUUUACAUGUAUGAAUUUGCUCAUCGGGGAAAGUCAAGUUUGGUGGUACCUGCAGAGUGGAUGGGUGUUGUUCAUGCUGAAACAUUCCGUUUGAUUUCAGAGUUCCUUUCCUUCCCAAAUUUUCGCCACAUUAUAGUCCCGCUGACAGAAAUGUCAGUCUGUUUAUCAUGA